CGCUGCUGCCGCCGGCCGCGGCCUGUGUCCGCGCCCGCGCCGCCGGCUCCAUGGCCGCCCUGCUGGUCAGCCAGCCGCGGUACGCCUGGCUCCGCGAGCUGGGCCUCCAGGAGGAGAACCCCGGCGUCUACAACGGGCGCUGGGGCGGCAGCGGCGAGGUGGUGACAACGUACUGCCCCGCCAACAAUGAGCCCAUUGCCAGAGUCCGCCAGGCUAGUUUGGAGGAUUAUGAAGAAACAGUCAAGAAAGCUAAAGAGGCUUGGAAAAUCUGGGCUGAUAUUCCUGCACCUAAACGUGGAGAAAUAGUGCGACAGAUUGGUGAUGCCCUGAGACAGAAAAUCAAAGUUCUAGGAAGCUUGGUCUCUUUAGAAAUGGGAAAGAUUUUUGUUGAGGGUGUUGGGGAAGUGCAGGAGUAUGUUGAUGUCUGUGACUAUGCUGUUGGUUUGUCCCGAAUGAUUGGUGGACCUAUUUUGCCCUCAGAAAGACCUGGCCAUGCCCUUAUAGAGCAAUGGAACCCUGUAGGGUUAGUAGGAAUCAUCACGGCCUUCAAUUUCCCUGUAGCAGUUUAUGGGUGGAACAGCGCAAUUGCAAUGAUCUGUGGAAAUGCUUGCCUCUGGAAAGGUGCACCUACAACUUCUCUCAUUAGUGUAGCUGUUACAAAGAUAAUUGCCAAGGUCUUAGAGGAUAACAAAGUGCCUGGAGCAAUCUGUUCUCUGGCUUGUGGUGGAGCAGAAAUUGGGGCAGCAAUGGCGAGAGAUGAGCGAAUGGACUUGUUGUCCUUCACUGGCAGCACGAAGGUGGGCAAGCAGGUAGCACUUACGGUUCAGGAGAGAUUCGGUCGAAGUCUGCUGGAACUGGGAGGAAACAAUGCCAUUAUCGUGUUUGAAGAUGCAGAUCUGAACCUAGUCAUCCCAUCUACUCUGUUUGCUGCUGUGGGAACAGCGGGUCAGAGGUGCACGACAGCCAGAAGACUGUUCCUGCAUGAAAGCAUACAUGAUGAGGUGGUGGCAAAGCUUGCGAAGGCCUAUGCCCAGGUCCGCAUCGGUGAUCCAUGGGAUUCUGACACUCUGUAUGGGCCUCUUCAUACCAAAGAAGCGGUGAAGAUGUACCUUGAUGCAGUAGAACAAGCAAAACAACAAGGUGGCUCUGUGGUCUGUGGUGGGAAGGUUAUAAAUCGUCCUGGAAACUAUGUUGAACCGACGAUUGUGACUGGCCUCCCUCAUAAUGCACCUAUUGUGCACACAGAGACAUUUGCCCCCAUACUUUAUGUACUGAAAUUUAAGGCAGAAGAAGAGGUUUUUACCUGGAAUAAUGAAGUAAAACAAGGUCUCUCCAGCAGCAUCUUCACCAAGGAUUUGGGCAGGAUUUUCCGCUGGCUUGGGCCAAAAGGAUCCGACUGUGGCAUUGUGAAUGUCAACAUCCCAACCAGUGGGGCUGAGAUUGGAGGUGCUUUUGGUGGUGAAAAGCACACUGGUGGAGGAAGAGAAUCUGGAAGUGAUUCGUGGAAACUUUAUAUGAGACGGUCAACUUGUACAAUCAACUACAGCAAGGACUUACCUUUGGCUCAAGGAAUCAAGUUUCAGUAGCCACCUUAUGUAUGGCGUUGUCAUGAACUCUCCUAACAUUUCAGAAUGAUGUACCUUCUAAGCCUCAUGGUGAAGAAAAUUAUCUGAAACUCAGCUGCAGCAAUGAUAAUUCUGUCAGGAAAUCAGCUACUCUAAAAUUGUUUCACUUUCAGUGUAUUAAAUUACUACUUUAACCUUCAAAUUAUUUAGUCUUUGGGAAGAAGGAGUGGUGACUGAAACUAAACAAACUUGGUUUCGGGUGGCCUGAAUAAUCGUCUCUUGCCUUAUCUCUGUGCUUCAGUGUCAACGCUGUCUGUAUCCCGCACCGUCUGCUGAUAUAUACUGCUAGUAGGCCCAUGCUUCAGACUGCAUUUCUGAAUGUCCUACAGAUAUCUGGUGCUACAGGAGGGUCCAGUACAGGGCUAUUUUUCAAUACAUAAAUAAAGAUACGUUUUUUGAGA